AAUACAGGAGAUGGAAGUCGUGAUAUUAUUUGUAAUAAAAAUGGAAUCCAAAUUAUUGUACAAGCUAAAUCUAGUAAAACAGAAAAAUAUCUAAAUCUUCAAAAUGAAUAUAAGGAAUUUAUAAACACUAUGGAAACUCGAAGUUCAGCUAAAGAGAUAGGAAUUUUUGUUGUAACCAAAUAA